UUCUCGGUCGACGGCAGCAGCUCUCCGGCACCCUAGAGGACGGCGGCCUUCGGUAGCCCCACCCUGUUGCCUGAUUUCUAGGUCUGUCGAUCUUCUCGGUGAUUCUGGUCUCGCGACUGGCGGGGUCAAAAGGGAGUGGAGUGGGGGGCGGCGGUUUCUCGAAGCGAACGCUGGCCUGCGCAGCUACUCCGGUGACAGAUCGGCUGGGUGUCUUUGUGUUCGGAGGGAACUCAGAAUCCAGCAUUCAUCGCACACAGGAAAAUCUGAUAGUUUAUUAAUUCAAGGAUGACUUGUUUCUCUUUCAUAUUCAGAAGGCAAAAAACUUCAAACUGGAAGCGUGGUCAAAUUGAUGAAGACAUUCCAAGAACCGAAAGUGUUAAAAUCUACGCCUACAAGGAAUUGAAAAAUGCAACGGAUGAUUUUAGCCCUGCUAACAAAAUUGGACAAGGAGCUUUUGGUUCUGUAUAUAAGGGAAGGCUUGGAGAUGGAACAGUUGUCGCUGUAAAGGUCCUCUCUGCUGAGUCAAAGCAUGGAGCACAACAAUUUCUGACUGAAAUCACCAUAAUCUCUGGCAUCAUCCAUGAGAAUCUUGUCAAGCUGUUUGGUUGCUGCGUAGAAGAAUCUCACAGAAUACUUGUCUACAACUAUCUUGAGAAUAGCAGCAUUGCACAAACACUUCUUGGAUCGAGCCACAGUAGCAUUCAGUUCAACUGGAGAGCACGAGUCAAAAUUUGUGUUGGUGUUGCUCGUGGACUUGCAUUACUUCAUGAUGAAGUCAGGCCUCAUGUAGUUCACAGAGAUAUUAAAGCGAGCAAUAUUCUUCUUGAUAAGGACCUCACACCAAAAAUAUCUGAUUUUGGUUUAGCAAAGCUUCUUCCGGCAAAUAUGUCUCAUGUCAGCACACGAGUUGCUGGAACACUCGGUUACUUAGCGCCAGAGUAUGCAAUUCGUGGACAAGUGACAAGGAAGUCAGAUGUUUACAGCUAUGGUGUUCUUCUUCUAGAAAUAGUUAGUGGCAGAUGUAACACCAACACAAGGCUACCCUAUGAAGAUCAGUGUUUUCUGGAAAGGUCCCCGGGCAUCACAAAUGGAUUUUUGGUCAUGCAAACAUGGGCGCUAUACAAAUGUGGCAAGCUGGUGAAUAUCAUUGAUAGUUCUUUAACAGAUGAUUUAGAUAUUGAAGAGGCAUAUAGGUUCCUGAAGAUUGGACUUCUGUGCACACAAGACGCGAUGACACUUCGGCCCUCAAUGUCCACUGUCAUCAAGUUGCUGACUGGUGAAAAGGGCGUCGACUCUGAGAAGAUCGUAAAGCCUGGUAUAAUCGAGAAUUUUAUGGACCUUAAGAUUAGAAACAAGGAUCCAAUGAAUAGAUCCAAGGUCAUGUCAUCCUUUCUACACAGCUCACCCUCGUCAUCAGAGAACACCACAGAUGCAUCCAUGACCUUUCGCAGCAAUAUCCGAGGACGAGACUGAAAGCCAGUGAACAUAGAAUUGAAAGAAAGAACUUUCAAGGUACAUAAUCAUGUAGAAAUCAAUGUAAUUCCCCUUUUUCCUUGAAAGAAAAUCUAUUUGAUUCUUUAUUUUUGCAUAUCGUAGAUUUUAGGUUCUGUAUAUAUUCAUAUGGAUUAUGGUCAAAACAGAACUUGGAUUAUGCCGAUGUUUAAAUAGUAAAGGGAAUUGUUGAUUGAUUUAA